GAGGAUUGUUGUCCGCCAUCACUGCACUAAGAAACUAGCUCAAAAACUGAGAGGAGCGAGUGACAACAACAAGCACAGAGAGAAGGACCUAAAACCAAAGGGAAGGUCGAGGGGGGAUCCCUACCACUUUCCAUUUGCAGGCCUCUUAGUAGUAAAAAAAAAAACAAUAUUUCAUGUUAACGUAGACCCUGGACGUACAAACUAAUCAUGUCCAACCUCAAAGGCGGCACCAAGAAGGACACCAAGAUGAGGAUACGAGCCUUUCCUAUGACGAUGGAUGAGAAGUACGUCAACAACAUCUGGGACCUCUUGAAGAACGCCAUCCAGGAGAUCCAGAGGAAGAACAACAGUGGCCUGAGCUUCGAGGAGCUGUACAGGAACGCCUACACCAUGGUGCUCCACAAGCACGGCGAGAAGCUCUACACGGGCCUGCGCGAGGUCGUCACAGAGCAUCUCAUCAACAAAGUGCGGGAAGACGUCCUGAAUUCGUUAAACAACAACUUCCUGCAGACGUUGAACCAGGCAUGGAAUGACCACCAGACAGCCAUGGUGAUGAUCAGAGACAUCCUCAUGUACAUGGACCGUGUGUACGUGCAGCAGAACAACGUGGAGAACGUCUACAACCUGGGCCUCAUCAUCUUUAGGGACCAGGUGGUCCGUUACGGCUGCAUCCGAGACCACCUCCGGCAGACCCUGCUAGACAUGAUCGCCCGGGAGAGGAAGGGCGAGGUGGUGGACAGGGGAGCGAUCAGAAACGCCUGUCAGAUGCUAAUGAUCCUUGGCUUGGAGGGGCGGUCUGUGUACGAGGAGGAUUUCGAGGCGCCUUUCUUAGAAAUGUCAGCAGAAUUCUUCCAGAUGGAGAGCCAGAAGUUCCUGGCGGAGAACAGCGCCAGCGUGUACAUCAAGAAGGUGGAGGCGAGGAUCAACGAGGAGAUUGAGCGGGUGAUGCACUGCCUGGACAAGUCCACGGAGGAGCCCAUCGUCAAGGUGGUGGAGCGAGAGCUCAUCUCCAAACACAUGAAGACCAUCGUGGAGAUGGAGAACUCCGGCCUGGUCCACAUGCUCAAGAACGGCAAAACAGAAGACCUGGGCUGCAUGUACAAGCUGUUCAGCCGCGUGCCCAACGGACUGAAGACCAUGUGUGAAUGCAUGAGCUCGUACCUGAGGGAGCAGGGCAAGGCGCUGGUGUCGGAGGAGGGCGAGGGCAAGAACCCUGUGGACUACAUCCAGGGUCUGUUGGACCUGAAGACGCGCUUCGACCGCUUCCUCCUCGAGUCCUUCAACAACGACCGCCUCUUCAAGCAGACCAUCGCCGGGGACUUUGAGUACUUCCUCAACCUCAACUCGCGCUCGCCAGAGUACCUGUCGCUCUUCAUCGACGACAAGCUCAAGAAGGGCGUGAAAGGGUUGACGGAGCAGGAGGUGGAGACCAUCCUGGACAAGGCUAUGGUCCUGUUCAGGUUCAUGCAGGAGAAGGAUGUGUUUGAGCGCUACUACAAGCAGCACCUGGCCCGGAGACUGCUCACCAACAAGAGCGUCUCCGACGACUCGGAGAAGAACAUGAUCUCCAAGCUCAAGACGGAGUGUGGCUGUCAGUUCACCUCGAAACUGGAAGGGAUGUUCCGGGACAUGAGCAUCUCCAACACCACCAUGGAUGAGUUCAGACAGCACCUCCAGUCCACGGGGGUGUCCCUAGGGGGAGUCGACCUCACAGUCAGAGUCCUCACCACUGGCUACUGGCCAACACAAUCGGCCACGCCCAAAUGCACCAUCCCCCCCUCCCCCAGACACGCCUUUGAGGUGUUCAGAAGGUUCUACCUGGCCAAACACAGCGGCAGGCAGCUCACUCUCCAGCACCACAUGGGCUCUGCUGACCUCAACGCCACCUUCUACGGGCCCAUCAAGAAGGAGGACGGGUCGGAGGUAGGAGUGGGCGGGGCCCAGGUGACGGGCUCCAACACCAGGAAGCACAUACUGCAGGUGUCCACCUUCCAGAUGACCAUCCUCAUGCUGUUCAACAACCGGGAGAAGUCCACCUUCGAGGAGAUCCAGCAGGAGACAGACAUCCCCGAGCGGGAGCUGGUGCGGGCGCUGCAGUCCCUGGCCUGCGGGAAGCCCACCCAGCGGGUCCUCACCAAGGAGCCCAAGUCCAAGGAGAUCGAGAACGGCCACGUGUUUACAGUCAACGAUCAGUUUACCUCCAAGCUGCACAGAGUCAAAAUACAGACAGUGGCCGCUAAGCAGGGGGAGUCGGACCCCGAGAGGAAGGAGACUCGGCAGAAGGUGGACGACGACAGGAAGCACGAGAUCGAGGCGGCCAUCGUCCGCAUCAUGAAGUCCAGGAAGAAGAUGCAGCACAACGUCCUGGUCGCAGAGGUGACCCAGCAGCUACGUGCUCGCUUCCUGCCCAGCCCCGUGGUCAUCAAGAAGCGCAUAGAGGGACUAAUAGAGAGAGAAUACCUGGCACGGACACCAGAAGACCGCAAAGUCUACACCUACGUAGCAUAAAGAGCAAGGGGAUGAAAGAAGCGGUGGAGAGAGAGAGAGACAGAGAGAGAGAGAGAGAGGAGGAGGAGGAGGAGGAGAGACGGGAGAAGGUGUUGUUUUUUUUGUUUUUUUUUGGACUGUUGUUCGCAUGGACUGGGAAGUUCCUUUUAAAGAUAAACGCUGGUAAGCUGACUCAUCACCCCUUACAAAAGAAAAAUGAAAUAAAACCAGAUGUAAACGGAUUAAUAAAAUGUCAACGAAAACCAAGUGUCGUAGAUGAUUUUAAAUCAGGCCCCCACUCUUCUUCCCCCCCACCCUCCGUGAGUAUCAACAUGGGAGGAUUCAGCAGCUUCAAGCUUUUCACUGUUUUACCCUUGUAGAGAUCAACCUUAAAGAGAAUCCCUUGGGAAAGAUGUGAAUGCACCACAUUAUUAUUAUUUUUUUUGUUUUCAAUACUGUACAAAAAUGAGAAAAUGAAUUAUUAAAAACAAAACAAAACAGCAA